UCGGAAAACGCUCGAAGUUGGAAUCGUAUAAAAGUGAAAUUUGGUAAUAAGAAUCUCGUGUUUUCAAUUUUCUAGUAAAAACUAAGCUAUUUUUGUUAAAAUGAAUAAAAUUGUUAAGUGUGCCCUAAAUAAGUGUUAACAUUAAUAAGUAUUAUAUAGAAUUAAAAGGAAGAAAUCCUUAUUUAAACCAGCUUUACUUACAUUGUGAAAAUGGAAGAAAAAUAUAUUUUAUCAUUAGACAUAGGGACAACAACAAUACGUGCUGUUAUUUAUAAUACUCGUACUGAGACAGUAGCCAAGGCUGUAGACAAUGUAAUACUGCAUUAUCCACACCCUGGCUAUGUGGAAAUAGAUCCAGAUGAAUUGUGGAGCUCUGUUGUGGAUGUUGUAAAGAAAGCAUUGAGUAGUGCAAGUUUAAGUGCAGGACAAAUUACUGCUAUGGGCAUAUCAACCCAGCGCAGCACUUUUAUCACAUGGUCAAAAGAAACUGGUAAACCUUUUCAACGAUUUGUGACAUGGAAGGAUUUGAGAGCUGACAAAUUGGUCAAACAGUGGAAUGAUUCUUAUAUUUGGAAGUUUAUAAAGUUUGGGGCAUAUAUGCUUUUUAUUGUAUCAAGGAGUAAAAGAUUUAAAGCUGGAAGCGUUUUUAAAUUUUCUAAUAAUCAGACAACAUUAAGGCUCUAUUGGGCAUUACAUAACAUACUUGAACUCAAAACUGCAGUGGAGAAAAAUGACGCUAUGUUUGGGACUUUAGACACAUGGCUGUUGUACAAAAUGACAGAUAGAAAGUUGCACAUGAGCGAUGUAUCAUCAGCGUCCGCCACUGGUUUCUUCGAUCCGUUCACGAUGCAAUGGGCGGGCUGGGCCAUGUCCAUAUUUGGUAUACGAAUGGCCAUGUUGCCAAGUGUGGUCGAUACAGCGGGUGAACAUUUUACCAGCACUGCGAAGGAGAUUUGGGGACACCCUAUACCUAUAAGGUGUUGUAUAGCUGAUCAAACGGCCUCCAUGUGGGGUUCUUGCUGUUUUGACGUAGGUGAUGUGAAACUAACUAUGGGAACUGGGACAUUUUUCAAUAUAAAUACCGGGGACUCCCCCCACGCGAGUGUCUCGGGGUUGUACCCAGUGGUGGGCUGGAGACUGGGCUCUGAACUAGUGUUCUCGGCGGAAGGUGCUAAUAAUGAUACGGCUAGUAUUAUUAAAUGGGCGCAGAAUUUAGGUUUAUUUGACAAGCCGGAAGAUACGUCAGAAAUAGCGUUAUCUGUUCCUGAUUCUGAUGGAGUUUUCUUUAUUCCCGCUUUCAGUGGACUUGGUCCGCCAUACAACGAUUGCACAGCUGCUUCAGGCUUCGUAGGUAUGAAGCCGACAACGUCCAAAGCGCACUUAGUCAGAGCCGUGCUCGAAGCUAUCGCGUUUCGUACCGCACAAUUAUAUGAUUGUGUGAAAAAGGAGACUAAUUAUACUUUCACUACUAUACGGUUGGAUGGAGGUGUAUCGAACAAUGAUUUCGUAGUACAACUAGUGGCAGAUUUAACAGGACUGCGUGUAGAGAGACCGGUGCAGGUCGAAAUGUCUUCCCUUGGUUGUGCGCAUAUAGUGGGGUUGCAAUUAGGUAUAUUCAAAUCGAAAAAAGAGCUAAUAUCCCUCCGCAAAAUAGGCAACGUGUUCGUACCAAGAGCGCAAGUUAAGAAGUCCUAUGAGAACGUAAUAUCACGUUGGGAAGACGCCGUCAAACGUAUGUGCGGGUGGUAUGUUGAUAAUAAAACAUCUAUAUCACAAAAUAGCGUAUCAGAUUCAAGUAGUAACUCUAUUACUCCUCAAAAUAGUUUCAAGGUGUCUCCGAAGAAAAAUGGGAAGUCUAAAUAGCGGUGGUUUUUACUCCUGCCGCUUUGUAUUGCGUGCGUUCCCAUACUUAGAUGAUAUAAGGCCCCGCCCUGUAGGUGUAAGAUGCGUUAUAGUAUAAGUUUACAACUGAUGGUGAACUGUUGAUUUUAUAUUGUAUAGUUUAAGGAUUAGGGUGCUUUUCCACUAAUAAUGUACGAGGAUGUGUAGCGAGGAAUGUGUUUGUUUUUACAAAUCAUAUCGAUUCAUUUAGUUUGAAGUUUGAAGCGAAGCGAUACUAUUGGUUAUUUACAAACACAUUCGUCGCUACACAUGCUCGCAAAUUAUUGGUGGAAAUGCGCCCUUAGGUUAAGGUAAAGAAGUUUUAAUGGAUAAUGAUUUUUAUUGAUGUGUAAUCUCAUGUUGGAUUGUUUUUUAUAGGAAUUGUGUUGUGACUAUGGAUUUGUGUGUUAGCUAUGAAUAGGUAAUUUUUGAUGUCUACCCUCCCUGUGAUUAUUUUCUUGCCAAAAACAUUUUUGUUUUCAAUUGUUCUUUAUUUACUAACUUGUGACGAAGUUUUUAAACAAAAUGUGCCACAUUCAUUAGCUUUACGGUAAAUGCUAUUUAAAAUUAAGCUUUAUGAUAUCUGAGAUGAUUAUAUAUUCUAAGUAUGAUAUUAUAUGCUAAUACGUAAAGUGCUCUUUUCUUAUCGACUACUGCUUGAAAAGCCUUUCAAUAAUAUUGAAUAUUCCAUGAAAAACGUAAUAGAUAUUUAUUUUUAAGUCAUUUCAAUAUGUCAUGAAAUACUAGAUUUAGUUCACACCUUUAUCUGCUUGUCUAAGUUCCGGAUUCAAUUAACCUUAAUAGGAAAUAGCGAAAAAGAGACGAUUUUAGCUUUUUAAGCAGAAUCAGUAUUUUUUGCGAAGGCGUGAACUUGCUCUCGGCCCUUCGCUAAAACUAGGAAGAGUUUUUAAAGUUAACUUCAACGUGAAAUAAUCAAUAUUUUACUUUUAUUAUUGUUUAAGUAUGAAUUAAGUUUUAAGGCUCAUCAUGUAAAAACUAUUGUUAUUUCUUGUCAUAUUAAUAUCAAUUAAAAUUAUAAAUGCUCUACUAGAGAAAUUAUAAUAUUAUAAUAAAAAAGGUAGAUAAUAUAAUGAAGGGUUUAAAAACGGUUUUAUUAGGGCGCAAACUAUCUGUAUUAGAGUCCUUUUUUUGCUUUUUCAUGCAAGUAAAAAAGCAUUGACGUGUGACUAUUUUUAAAGACUGCAAUGAAUCAGAAAUGACAUGUUGUGAUAUAAAUCGAGUAAGUAAUUGGUAGUAAGUAUAUUUAGAUGUUGUCUUCUUCCUUAAACCGUAAGUGACAUAUUCAGCUUUGAAUAUAUGUAAUUAAAAAAUUGUAUUAUUAUUUUAUUAGGCGUUAAAAUUUUUGAUAGAUGAGAUUGAAUAACAUUGACAUAGCGUUCCUACGUCUUUAAAUAUCUACGGUGUUGUUUCUAGUGUGAAAUUUAUUGUUGAAAUUUAUUGUAAGGACUUUGUAACCACAAUUCAAACAAAUAAAUUU